AUUCAAUAUACCGUUAACCAGACUUACGUUCUUGCCUGCUUGACGAUAUUGGAAUCGAAAGGCGUCUCAAUGUAGAUGUAUCGAAGAUAGACUUGUAAAACCUAACAUAUUGUAGAAGGCUGUACACUUGUCGAGUGGCAUCAUAAAAUUAUAAACUAUUAGGAUGAGGAAAUAUCUCAAAUGGAUUUAUAUACUUGGUUUAUUAACACUAGGCUUAGUUCUUCAGGUUCAAAGUGAAGCCAAUGAAAAUGAUACUCCGAAAAACAAAGAGGACCCAUCUAUUACACAUGAACAAGGUGGUGAAAACAUUGGAAAUAUUAAAACUUUAGAUGAUACGGCUCCAGAAGAUGCCAAGAAUGAUGAUGACGAUCCUAAAGAUGCUGCUGGUAAUGCGGAUCCUGGCGAUACCAAGGAAGCUGGUGAUGGCAAAGGAAAGAAUCCAGAAGUCAAGACUGAUGCACCGGAAGUACGUACAACAUCAACGGCCACUGAUAGACCAGCUCCUGUUCCAACAACUUCACCAGCCCAACCUACAGCGUCUCCUACGACGCCCCCUUCAGGACCACCUUCCUUCACAGUGACGUCAUCGAAGGGACAACCGUGCAUCAAAGCAGCAUUUAAUCUUAAAAUGGCAAUCGCAUAUAAUAUUGUUACACAAAAUAAUAAGUCGGACAGUCGUGUGACGUACCUGGAGGUGCCCCAAGGUGCUAGCACUAAUGGCUCCAAGUGUGGUACAAAGAAAGAUGGCGCUAAAUUGCAACUGUCAUGGGGCGAUCAACACUAUAUUCUCAUUAUGAGCUUUACACAGACUACUGCAGUAACCUAUGUAACGAAGAUACAGUUUAACUACGACACCAAAGAUCAAGCGGUUUUUCAAGAUGCUCAAAAAGACAAUCACUGGAGUGUCUCAACUGGACAAAAUGCUACACUGUUUAGUGCAAAAUCGAAUUCUACAUACAAAUGUGACAGUGCCCAGAACUUGGUGUUUACAGGGAAGAAUGAUAUAGUCACAGCAACAGUUAAGAACAUACAGAUACAAGCUGAAGCACUGCCUGCCUCCGGAGCAUUUUCAACAGAUGUGACUGUGUGUCCAGCAGAUCAUAAAGAUACGCCUAACAAAGCGAACGACAUCGUUCCUGUAGUAAUAGCCGCCUUCAUAGCAGCCGCCGCCCUGCUAGUCAUUAUAGGGUACUGUAUUAGUAGGAACAGGCCACACAGUGGCUAUAGCCACAUGCAGAGCUAAACACACAUCACCAGUGGACUCAGAAGGAGCUUUAGGCAGGGGACAGCUCGUCUUAAGUUAGACCCCAUAUUUAGUUCCAAAUGAGACCAACUAUUUUAUGGGGCCCCAAAAUAUUAUCAAUUCAUUUUGAUGAAAAUCGAUCGAUUCGAGUAGAAGAAAAAUAUAUAUAAGUGCUUUCAUUUGGUAUGUAC